AUCAGCCCAUGAGCAAAACAAGCCCAAUCACUCUCAUUACCCCUUUCCUGCCGCCACCGCCGCCGCUGAAGGGCGUUCAUGGCGCGGUGGUCGUCUCCGAAGGACCCGGCUCUGGAGGCGGCCCUCCGCCGCAACCGGCGCUGGAUCGUGAACAACCAGAUCAAGCGCCUCCUCCUCCGCUUCCCGUCCCGCUCCGCCCCCGUCCGCCUCCUCCAGUCCCGCUUCAAGACGCUCGACCUCCUCGGCCGCGCCGCCAACUGGCUCCGCAAGUAUCCCUCCUGCUUCGAGCUCUUCACCGGCGAAGGCCCGGCCGGGAGCGGCGGGGAGCGCUGCUUCGGCUUCACCAAGCGGAUGGCGGAGCUCGUCGACGCCGAGGAGGCCGCCGUCACCGCGUCCGAGCCGGCCAUGGCCGACCGCCUCGCGCGCGUCCUCAUGCUCACCCGCGGGCGCCGCCUCCCGGUCUCCAAGCUCGCCGCGCUGCGCGGCCCGCUCGGCCUCCCCGACGACUACCUUCUCCGCAUCCUCCCCGCCCACACCGAUCUCUUCCGCCUCGCCAACCCGUACCCUCACCGCCGCAAUGCCGCAGAGCUGGAGCUGCUCCGGUGGGUCCCUUCCCGCGCGGUCUCUGCCAUCGAGGCCGCUGCCUCGGCGAGCAACUCCCUCCCGCGGUUCACCUGCUCGUUGCCGUCCUCUUGGGCCAAGUCCCACGACAAGAUGGAGGACUUCAACGCCACACCCUACAUUUCGCCCUACUCGGAGGACGGGGCAGUGCCUGGCACAGACGCACAGGCUGAGAAGCGUGCCGUGGCUGUGGUUCACGAGCUUCUUUCGCUCACCUUGUGGAAGAAGAUUUCGGUUAUGAAGCUAGAGCACUUCAGAUGGGAGUUUGGGCUGCCAGAAGACACAGCUAGGAUGCUGGUCCGGCAUUCUUGCCUCUUCUAUGUGUCGAAUCGGUAUAAGAUUCACACGGCGGUGCUCCGUGAGGGUUACGAGGGGUCUGAGCUGAGGGUGAAGGAUCCAGUGGUGGCAGCAAAGGAUAGACUCGGGGAACUGAUGCAGGAGGGUCUGCACGAAUUUAAUCAGCGUCGACGUGCUGUGAAUUUGGAGAAGAAGAGGAGGAAAGGUGAAGUUGAUGUGAAGAAGGAAGAAGAGGAGCUCGAAGAUGAGGCAGGGGCACUGUUGGAUAGUGCGGAGAAGAGGGAGGAAAGACGGAGGUUUUACAAGGUGUUGUUUGGUGAUGAUAACCGGUGAUUGGUGUAUGUAAGCCUGAUGCCCCUCUAGACAAAUUGUUGAACGAAUGAUGAUAUCUUGUGAUACACUAAAGCAAUAAGAGUGACACUGCUAUGAAGAGACGACACAUCUAUCUGCACAUGGAAAUUGUUUGGGUUGUUGUCUCGCUUGCUGGUCAAAGAGAAUUGAUUUCCAACCUGCUAGUUUUUCUUUUCAGGACAUGUAAUUGGAGAACUGCAGGAAUACCAGCCAGCCAGGCAGUUUGAUCUUUUUGUAGAUUAUAGCAUGCACCUUCAGGAUAAAAGCAAUCACAUAUGGAUUCUCCUAAAUGAAUAAAUGGUGGAAUUCUGGUGUAAAAGGGGUCCUUAUCAAGGAAACCAAACAUAUGGAUGCAAUCAAUGUGUGUGAGAAAGAUCGACAGAUCUGCAGAACUUGCAAGUGAAAUGCCAAUGCACACUGGUCUUAUAUUGUCAGAGAGAACAGAAAUCAUGAGCAGCAAAUGCUGCAUGCAAGCAUGUGCAAUUGACUAUCUACAAAAGAGAGCACUGCGAUGUUGGUGGAUAUUUGCGCACAGUUGGAGUUAUAGCCUUCUUGUAUAGCAAAUAUGAUCAUCCCCAGAAAUGGAACUUUGAUGAGAAUGAUUUUAGCAAGGAGAGAUACCUUUGGACAUGUUGAAGCCACGAUUUUCCAGCUGCUUGUACUCUUGGCAUAGUGCACAACUCUCACAGCACAUGUGAACAAAGCAGUCCAUGCAGGGUGAUCCUUGGAAGUUGUACUGUGCCCGCAUUGAGGAACGUUUGGUACAAGAAUACAACCAGUUGCAGCCUAUGGAUCCUAGCAAAACAUACAGGGUCCCAUGCAUGCAGCAUGCUGGAAACAAGGGGAGUUAGCCAACAAGAUGUAUGUUUUUGAUGUAUGUUUUUAUGCUUGAUCCCAAGCACAAAUUGUAAUUGAAGCACAUUCAUCCUGAGCCUCUGUCCACAACCUCAGCAAUGCGACCAAAUGUAAUGCAGGGGCACCAACAAGUCAAGCAAUCUGCAGCAUUAGCCACAAAAAUGAAGCAUCAGGAUGUAAGUGAAAUGCACUCUUAUAAAUCCCCCAAUGUAUAAGCCAUAAGGACUUGUGAGAAGAGCAUGAAAGAUAGUUCUCCAUACAGGUGCCGCAAUCUCCAAAGCAGUCACAAAGCCCAACCGACCACUUCCCUGACAUGCUGCUGAUUUCUUGUGGUUGUGAUCUGUGGAAUAUGGAAAUAGAUGGUGUGUAGCUGUGCCUUUGCGAGCAAGAAUACCUUGAUCCCGUUGGUAUUUAUAAACUAGCAACAACAUGGUAUCAGUGCCUGUUUGCACAAGUAUCUGCUCAUAGUAGAUUCCAGUGCAUCAUUUUUGUUGUCUCAUGGGCUUUCUGCUUUCUUCUUGCACUUUAAUGUUGUAUGUUGUGUUUACAGGUUUUGCUGUAAAUUAGCGUUUUUAGUCACAUCAUGUUCACUUGGCUUGUUCUGUUUGAUUGCUCCUUCGGGAAAUCUUAUGCUCAGUUAGCAUCUGGCAGCUAUUUGGAGUUUCCAGUUUUGGUUGUAGCAUAGACCCCUUUUGUUCUUUUGCAUCAUUCAUUACUUGGCAAGUAA